AUGCAUUAUCUACUCCCGCUGCGCACUUCAUUCCAUCAGCUGCCAAAAUCAAUGGUUUCUUCUGUGUCUUCUCAUCUUCUCCCGCUCCGCUCCAAACAACCAUUUCCACCACCGAAUUCCGCCACUACCCUCCUUCAUAUCCCAACUAACUUGGUGUUUACAUGCGCAACCCGGACUUCCCAGUUUAAAUGCUCGGCGGGUCAGACUGGUUUUUUCACUAAGCUGGGCAGGUUAAUCAAGGAGAAAGCUAAAAGUGACGUGGAAAAAGUAUUCUCCGGGUUCUCCAAAACAAGAGAUAACUUAGCUGUCAUUGAUGAGCUUCUGCUUUAUUGGAAUCUCUCUGAUACUGAUCGAGUUCUAGACAAUCUGGAAGAGGCGUUGUUAGUGGCUGAUUUUGGGCCGAGGAUUACUAUAAAGAUUGUAGAGAGCUUAAGGGAAGAUAUAUAUGCUGGGAAGCUCAAAUCCGGGACCGAGAUCAAGGAUGCUUUAAAGGGGAGUAUAUUGAAUUUGUUAACUAGCAAGAAACUUAAAUCCGAGCUCCAACUGGGUUUCAGGAAACCAGCUGUUAUCAUGAUUGUUGGCGUCAAUGGAGGUGGGAAGACUACAUCUCUUGGGAAGCUGGCCAAUAGAUUGAAGAAAGAAGGUGCCAAGGUAUUGUUGGCGGCAGGAGAUACUUUUAGAGCAGCUGCAAGUGAUCAAUUGGUGAUAUGGGCCGAAAGGACCGACUGUGAGAUUGUUGUAGCUGAAAAGGAGAAUGCAAAAGCAUCAUCUGUUCUUUCACAGGCUGUGAAAAAGGGUAAAGAACAAGGUUAUGAUAUUGUUCUCUGCGACACAUCUGGACGUUUGCACACCAAUUAUAGCCUGAUGGAAGAACUGGUUGCAUGCAAGAAAGCUAUUAGAAAAGCCAUCUCCAGUGCACCCAGUGAAAUCCUGCUAGUGUUGGACGGGACAACUGGUCUAAACAUGCUUCCACAGGCCAGAGAAUUUAACGAUGUCGUUGGAAUAACUGGUUUGAUAUUGACCAAACUCGACGGGUCUGCCAGAGGUGGUUGCGUGGUUAGUGUAGUGGACGAGCUUGGCAUUCCUGUGAAGUUCGUUGGUGUUGGUGAAGGGUUAGAAGAUCUGCAACCCUUUGAUGCAGAGGCAUUCGUGAAUGCAAUAUUUCCAUGAAUUGGAAGGUUAUUUGCCUCAGUCCUAUGGGGCUUCCUAGCAGAACAUUUGAGUAAAUUUAUGGCUGAUGGUUGAACAUUGGACUUGAUCAAUCAAAUACUCAAAGCUUCUCUUUCCAGUCGAUGGAGUAUAUGCAAAAUGUCUUCUAUUUCGUAGUCAAAACUGAGUUGCUGCCCAGUUUUCGAAUGCGAGGCCUCAGAUUAUUUGGUAAUAUGUGAUUCUUAGAUGAGUGAUGAAUGUUUGAAGCGAUGGACUUUAUUAUAACAUCUUCAAUUUAAAUUUUAAUCUGAUAAACCGAAUGUAAUGGGUUGUAUACCAAUGAGAAAUAUGCAAGAAAGGGAUACCCCAAAGGAGAUCUUACUCAAUUUUGUGAUUA